GACAGCAAUUGUGCUGCGUAAUCACACGGGAAAACGGUGUUGCGUGAGCGGGCGGCGGCAACAGUAGCUAACAGCUGCUAAUGUCGCGGCGUCUUAGACGCAAUCGCUGCUGCCGUCGUCGUAGACUUUAUACGUUAGUGACGUCACUACUGCGUGAGGCCUAGGUGUGCGUAUCAGCUAGACGUUACCGUAAGCACCUGGUAUCUUGUACCAUUUACCAUCUAAUGAAAUAGCAGUCUCGUAAUCUUUUUCCUAUGCUCGUAUACGUCCGCGACCAUCGCUAUUGCAUUAUGAUUCGUUUGUAACGAGAAUUAAAAAAUUUCCCUUCGACAUCAAAACUACGUGCUAUCAAACUGCAGUUACCACGACGAUUUGCCGCGAUGUCCGCUCUGGCUGCUGGGGUGCAAUAUAGUUUAUCGUCGAACCAGAACAAUGGCCUUAUGCCCAAGCAAAGGACGAGCAAAAACAAAACUCUGUUCUUCGUCAAGCUCACCGAUUCCUGUCUGAAAGCUGUCGAGGACUACUUGAGAUGCUGUCAACAGGGUAACUCAGAAAAUCUUCCUAAGCCUAGAAUACAAUUUAAGGGCAAUGAAGGCCAAUUAUGCGUACCUAGCAUAUCAAAAAAUUAUACUUUUGACUUUAGUUUAUCCAAUACAACCGAUGUUGCUGGUCCUCGAAGUAGUUUUGAAUGUAUUCGUCAAAAUACUUCUAGAUCAUUAGAAUAUGUUGGUACUUUAAAUAGACGUAUCCGAGUACUUGCAAAUGAUGAUGUGUAUGAAGCUACCAGACAUAGGAUGGUUGCUGUUGAAGAAUUACAUAAGAAGUCAUGUACACGGGAAAUCGAACUUGAUAGUAAAUCGGCUCUUGGUCGUAAGAUCCGAAAAAAUCCUGCUCAAAUUAGAGCUAGCCGUCAUAACAAUAAUACUUAUAAUAAUGUUAAUAAUGUUAGUAAUGUCAAUCAUGUUAAUAAUGUUAAUAAUGUUAAUCAUGUUAAUAAUGUUAAUCAUGUUAAUAAUGUUAAUCAUGUUAAUAAUAUUAAUAUUAUAAAUAACGUUCCAAAACCUAUAAUUUCCAAACCAAUACCCCCACAUAUUCCAUCACCUGUCAAUCAUACAUCAGAUAUUAGCAAAAAACCAUUACGGGAUAGAAUUAUUCAUCUUUUAGCAUUAAGGCCGUACAAGAAACCGGAAUUAAUUAGUAUAUUAAAUAGAGAUGGUUUGAAAGAUAAAGAUAGAACACAAAUUAUGUCAAUACUUAGUCAAGUAGCUCAAGCUAAAGAUAAUGUAUAUUAUUUAUUGAGGCAUAUUUGGAAUGAUGUUCAAGAAGACUGGCCAUUUUAUAGCAGUCAGGAUCACAUAAUAUUAAAACGACGGAAGCCUCAAAAUUUAACACCUCCUGGAUUAAGUGAUACUGGAAGUUCUGGUAGUAGUGAACAGUCACCAAGUAGCACUGUUCCCAGCAGUCCUCCUAAUAAUGUACAUGGUAACAAAAGACCGGGUUACUACAACGGUGCUGAUGGUUUUCAAACCAAAAGAAUGCGUAUAUCUCAUUUUAAACAUCCUGCACCUGAGAAAAAAUUAUCAUCAAAUAGUCCUCCACCAAUUGUUUCUAGUACUCAGUCGAUAAUACGAUCACCUAAUCAUGCACCUUCUCAAACCAACCCAAUACCAAAAUAUAUUCAGGAUUUUGUACGAAUAACAAAUAAAGAGCAAAAGAAGCAAUAUAAAUCAGAAUUUAUGAAAUGUCAUAAAGAAUAUAAACACUUGGCUGAAAUUAUGGAUCCUGUUAGAAAUAAAUUUGCAACAUUAAAAGAUCGCAUGUUACUUUAUCCUAAGGGCUCAAAUGAGUAUAAGAUUUUAGAAAAACAAAUUUUACAAGAAUAUAAUGAAAGAAAACAUGAUGACAAAUACCAAGCAGCCAAAACGCGAUUUGAUUAUCUUCAUAAUAAAUUGUCUCAUAUUAAAGAUCUGGUGCAUGACUAUGAUAAACACAAUCCAGUGUUAAUUAGAACUGCAAAACCAGAUUCUUCUUGCCUAUGAGCAAUCAAUUAUAAUUUUUUUUCUAUUUCUUUUAAAAUACAAUGUAUAAUUAUUCUAAAUGAUAAUUUUUAUAAAACCCAAAAUAGUUCCAUAGCACAAAUGAGAUAAAAAUAUCAGUGACUAAUCACUUAAUGGUUCGCUCAAUGUUUAAUAGUCAGUGCAUUUAUAAUUUUUUACUGUCCUUACAUUGGUUACCGGCUCUAAGUAAUAAGAGCUUAUUGAUAACUUUAAAUGAUUUGUUGUUUUUUUUGGGAUUUGGUAUUCAAAUUUAAGAUCUAUUGCAAUACCCUGAAGAUAUGAUUGUGUUAAAACUUAGCCAGAAAUAUUUAUUUUAUUUUAUUUUUGUUUGUAUUAAAGUUUAACACUAAAGAUCAAAAUUGUUUAUCACACAA